GCACCCACCCACCCCGGGGGAAGUGUAAGAGAACAACAGCUUACCAAACAGAGGGUGGGUGGUUGGUAGACAAACGCCCGCACCAAGCAAGAUUUCUGUGUCAAGGUGCGUGGCCGCACAUUGCAGAGUAAAUAAAGUCGACGCAAGCAAAGGCACUGUACACGCCCUCGUAUGACGAGGUUGGUCGCAGCGAGCGCAGACGACACUUUUACGACAUUCGUAUCCGGAUCUCGGCUGUAUCGUUACUUGCCUUUAGUUCUGGGCCGCUCUCACUCCUUGUUGGAGUACCAGAAGUACCAGCAGGCCAUACAGACCGCUAGUCAGCAAGUCAGCAGUCAAAUUACGACAUACCAGCAGUGUGCAGCUGUUGUACACGACUACUUUCAUCGCUGUGUCGUCUGCUGCGUCGCUACAUCACUCAGACCAUGAAGCUCAGCCGCGGGAGACUGGCGAUCAUCAUCAUCGUCGGCAUAAUCGUCUUGGUUGCUAUUAUCACCCCCAUCGCUUACUUCGCUUCGAGAAGCAGCAAUAAGACAGACGACAAGCCGGCUGAGACAGGGACUGAGACUGAGAGGUUGGACUGUUACCCCGAGGCCCGCAGCCCAGCCGUGGUGCUGACCAGAGAGGUCUGCGAGCUGCGCGGGUGCGUGUUCGACUCCAGCGCCCUGUCGGGAGGCGGGGUGGCUUGCUACUACCCCAAGUCAGGUGGACUCCGCUACCAGGUGGAGAGCCGUGAGAACCUGCCGAACGGCUUCAAGGUGCAGCUUAGAAGACUCGGGCCAUCGCCUUUCAGUCAGGACUUCCGGAAGCCAUCUCUAGAGGUUCAAAAGCUCAGCAACGUCCUGCUCAGAUUUACUUUUGACGAUGACUAUGCCACUCCGAAACGGUACCGCGUGCCCCUGGACUUGACCUUACCAGCAACCGGAGCAGACAACCCUCUGUAUGAUGUCGCAGUGAGCAGCACUAACAACCUGGCCCUUAAAAUCACCCGAAAAUCAACAGGGAAAGUAAUUUUUGACACGGAGGUGGGAGGUUUAGUUCUGUCUGAUCAGUUCCUGCAAAUAACGACCCGACUACCUUCGAGAAACAUCUACGGCCUGGGCGAGAACGUGCAUGAUACUUUCCGCCAUCAGCUGAACUUGUCUUGGCCGGCCUUCGCCCGCGACCAGCCAGCCGGUGGACACCUGAACCAUUAUGGAGUGCACCCAUUCUACACCUGCCUUGAGGAUGAGAAUGGAAAUACACAUGGAGUGUUCAUGCUUAACAGCAAUGCACAAGAAUAUGCGUUUACACCGGAUCCGACCAUAACUUUCCGUACACUGGGUGGUGUUCUGGACUUCUUUGUCUUUCUGGGACCUUCCUCUGAGAAUGUGGUGCAGCAGUACACUGGGCUUAUCGGACGGCCUGUCUUUCCUCCUUACUGGGCCCUGGGCUUUCAACUCUGUCGCUAUGGUUACGACAGUCUCCAGAACCUUCAACGUGCGGUCAACGAAACGCUAUACUAUAAUAUUCCUUUGGAUGUGCAAUAUGCAGACAUCGAUCAUAUGGAGGAGCAAAGGAUUUUCACUGUCGACAGUAAGAACUUUGGUGGGCUAAACCGGUACUUUGAGAGUCUAAGAGCUGGUGGGAUGCAUACCAUAAUUAUUCUGGACCCAUGCGUGAUCACUAAUGUCACCAACUAUGAACCUUACGAGAGGAUGAAACAAGUUCGGGCCAACAUCGUGUGGCCGUCUGACUUCACAGUGCCAGCCAACAGUUCUGAUGAGGACGGGUCGAUCCUGGGAUACGUCUGGCCAGUGGGUAAGGUCGUGUUUCCUGACUUCUUCAAGAAUCACACACGGCAAGUCUGGAAAGAACUCAUUGUUAACCAUCGAAAUGUCCUGGUCUUCGAUGGCCUGUGGAUUGAUAUGAACGAACCGGCAAACUUCGGGACGAACGAAGAAAGACCGUGGAACUGGCCGGAAUAUGCAAAACCAUAUUGGAGCCUUCACUGUGGGAACAAUACAUGGGAUGAUCCCCCUUACAGGCCUUUGGCAGCAUACGCAUAUGACAGCAAGGACAGGCGGGCUCUGCUGUCGGACAAGACUCUGUGCAUGAACGCCGUGCAAGGAGAACGUGGGGAGUUCAGGCACUACGAUGUCCACAGCCUGUACGGCUGGUCGCAGACCGCCCCCACACUCGAUGCCGCGAGAGCAGCAACUGGAGAAAGAAGUAUUGUGAUCUCGAGAUCGACUUUCCCCGGAAGUGGAAAACACGCAGGUCACUGGCUGGGAGACAACACCAGCGCCUGGAAGCACCUCAGAGACUCGAUCAUUGGAAUGAUGGAAUUCAAUCUUUUCGGAAUGCCUUAUAUCGGAGCGGACAUUUGUGGAUUUUUCGAGAACACUACCUACGAGCUCUGCCACAGGUGGAUGCAGCUGGGCGCCUUUUAUCCCUUUUGCCGAAACCACAAUGGCAAAGGUUACAUAGAACAACACCCAGGUGUUUUUGGCCAGAGUUUGCUCAGGCCUCACGGGAGAUUUUGGAGACCCGCUACUGGCUGCUGCCUUACCUGUACACACUCUUCCACCAGGCUCACAGUGAAGGCGGAACUGUUGUCCGACCACUGCAUCAUGAGUUCUCGACAGAUCCAGAGACAUAUGGGAUUGACAGACAGUUCAUGUUGGGCCCAGCUCUGCUGAUCUCCCCUAUAUUGGAAGAGGGUCAGCAGCAGCUUAGUUACUAUCUACCAAAAGGAAGAUGGUAUUCCUUUUAUGAUAAGCAAUUGAAAGUCGGGCCCUCGAGACAGACUAUUUCAGUCAGCCUGAUGUCAAAGCCAGAAUUGCACAUGCGUGGAGGCCACG